AUGAGCAAGAGCUUCAAGGGAGGGCAGCAGCAGCAAAAGAAUCACGUACCUGCCAAGAUCAACGCCACCGAAGCGGAAACCAGCGACGACGACGUCAUCCUCGGGGGAGCCCACAAGGCCAAUGUUGCAAGAGCUUCGGGAGCAUGCCUGCUUGCGAAGGGCCUUAAGGGGAAGGAGUGGUACAUGGACAGCGGUUGUACCCAACACAUGACGAACCAGAAGGAGUGGCUGAGAAAUUUCAGAGCAUCACCGAUACCGUAUGUGCUGUUGGGAGACGAGGGGAAACUUCCUGUGAAAGGGGAAGGAGACCUAGUGCUGCAAAGUGCUUAUGGUGAGGUGAAGCUGGACAACGUGCUGCUAGUGGACAAGCUCACGCUCAACCUCAUUAGUCAAUCGCAGCUGGAUAGUGGUGGAUGCAAAACUUUCAGCGACAAGGGGAGCAUAUGGGUCUUUGGAGCGGAUUGGAAGGUAAUAGCGGAGGGAUCACGCAAGCAAGGGCUAUAUGAGAUGAAGCUGCACGAGAAACAGAGUGGGGACAAGGUCACGUACCUGGCUGAACCGGAAGCGGGUAAGGUGGCACGAGAUGAGCUCCGCACCAAGUUCGAAAGGGUGCCGAUCAAGGAGUUGCAGCAGCAGGCGCUUCCUAUGGCAGCAGCAGUGAGCACGGUGGACGUCAACCUGCUGCAUAGGAGGAUGGGGCACGCUGGUCAUUAUCGAAUCAAGGAGCUGAUCAAGAAGAACAUGGCAGCGGGAGUGAAGACCGGAAAAGUCACGGCGACCAGAGAUGUUACCUUCUACGAGCAAGACACCUACUUGGAGUGGAAGGGACGGAAACAAGGAGCUGUUGCAAAGGAAGUGGCAGCAGCACCAACUCCACUGGAGGAGAUGAUAGAUGGGAGUGAGAAGGAGGGGAUAGGGGCAGCCAAUGGAAGCGGUGACAAUGACGACUACGAAGACCACACUACACCGGGCUUCGACUGGGUAUGGGAGGUGCAGGAGUUGUCCUCACCUUCAACUGCCGUGGAAGAGGGUGAAGAAUAA